GGGUGAUUGCCGGAUCUAAGACAGGAGGAGAAAUGGAAGCGAAUGAUUGCGAAGUAUCGGAGGUGGUAGAUGUGGUUAAGUUUUCGGAGCCCGAGGUUUGCACCAAGGGUCAGGAUAAAGAUGUGUCUGAGACAGUAGGAGUAACAUCUUUGGAAAAAGUGGACCUUUGCCUUUUGGCUGAUCCAUUUGUGGUUUCAGGCUGGGUGAAAACAGAGUUGGGUGCUGUGGAAUCAGUGAAGGUAAUCAGAAGUGGUCUUUUGAUAAUUGCGUGUUUCUGCUGGUCAGAUGGAGCAGGCGCUCCACGUUAAACGAAUGGGGACAAGAGAGGUGAAUUGUUUUGCUCUCAAGGAAAGGGUGCCAUUGAGAGGAGUGAUUACUGGGGUAAAUGUGAAAGUUGAGCAACUGAAGGUGAAGAUUCCGGGUGUUUGCGAUGCUCGUAGUUUGAUGCGACGCAGACAGGGUGGCGUGAGUGGUGAAACAGAGGAGUUGUUGUCUGUCCUUUUGAGUUUUGAUGUUCAGUCUUUGCCCAACGAAGUGAUGUUACGAUAUGUACGUUAUCCCGUAUGAGCUUUUGUGCCGAAUACAUUAUGUGGUUACAGGUGUCAACCGUAUGUGCAUGUGGCAGCAGUGUGUAGGAGGGAGGUUCCUAGGUGUGAGAAGUGUGCGUAAGGGCAUGAGACAAAGGCAUGUGUAGUAUUGGGGAAAGUAGUGGUACGUGUUAAUUGUAGGGAUACCCAUGGGGCUGGAGAUCAGAAAUGUCCACGAGAGAGGCAGGUUGAAGUUUCCAGGGUUAGAGUAGUGCAGAAGCUGUCUAUGCUGAGGCAGUGAAGAGGGUAAAGGAAGAUUGGUCAAGGGGGAUCAUGAGGAGUCGUGUGAGUUGUAGAGCUGUACCAGUGCAGAGGGAUAGUCCAACAAGUGAUAUAUGUUUCAGUAAGAUUGGAUUUUUAUCAUUUAUAGCAAUGGUUAUCAACUGUACUGCAGGAAUGGAACAUAAGUCACAGAAAAUUGAGGUGGUGGAGGCUGCUGCAGAGAGGUAUUUGGGUGUGCAAGACUUGACGUCAGAAGAGUUACAGGGUGUGUUAAGUAGGACUAAAUAUAUUUAAAUAGUUUGAGGGGGGUGGAGGUUAUUCUUUGUUUUUAUAUGGUAUUUGUUUAUUCUUUUUUAUUCAAGCAAAGUAUAAAGGAGUUAUACUCCAGUCUAGUUGGUGGCGGUAAUGCAACAUGUAUUGGAUGCCAAUCGCCAUUAAACGUCAUCGAAGAAGAAGGUACCUAAGAAGAAGUUUACGGAAAAUGGCCAGCUUUGGUAGGGUUGCUGGAGUUUUGAGAAACUUUUGGAGGAGACCUUGGUCAUACAGAACGCUGCAUAGUGCCCUGGGACCUGGCAUUUUGGGGUCUGUCGUUGGAAGCGGGCUGGUAUAUUAUCACUUUCAGCCGAGCAAGAGGUUUUUGCCCUUCACCGUCCAUGCCGAGGAGGAAAAGGUGCUUCCAGUAUACCAGAUGUCUGCCAGACGGAUGCGCUUCAACCAGUUUGCCUCAAUGAUGUAUGAUGAGGAGCUCUACAUGACACCAAGGGAUUUCCUCUUCUCAAUCAUGCUGGAGAAUGUUGACCGGAAAUUGCAAAAUAAAGCUCUAACCAAAAAGGAGGUGGAUAAGAUGCUGGAUGCUGCCUCACGGGCCAAGGCAGGCAACAGUCUGUUCAGAAACUUUGGAGACAAUGGUCUGAUAUCCUACACAGAGUACCUGUUCCUGUUGACUAUUCUGACCAAGCCACACACAGGAUUUCAUAUAGCUUUCAAAAUGCUUGAUAUUGAUGGCAAUGAGCAUGUGGACAGAAAGGAGUUUCUCAAGCUCAAGAAAAUCAUUGGGAAAAGAAAAGAUAAAGUGCCCAUGGAAGGUGCCACAGACGUGAAACCAGUCGUAGAGGGGGAUGGUGUGAACACUACACUGCAGGCAUUCUUCUUUGGCAGGAAUGGCAAAAACAAGCUUCAGUACAAUGUAUUCUGCAGGUUCAUGGAGGACCUGCAGGCGGAGGUGCAGGAGAUGGAGUUCCUGCAGUUUUCCAAGGGCAUGGACACCAUGCGGCGGGAGGACUUUGCAGAGUGGCUACUGCACUACACCAACGAGGAAGCCAACGAGGCCUACUGGGAGAACAUGAGGAAGAGGAUCCCCGCUGGCCAGAGCAUCACAUUUGAUGAGUUCAAAGCGUUUUGCCUAUUCACCAACAACCUGGAGGACUUUGCCUUCUCUGUGAAAAUGAUAAGUGAAGCCAACCGACCUAUUGGAAUGGUCCAAUUUAAGCGAGCUGUGAAGAUCGCCACGGGGCACGACCUCUCGGAGAACGUGCUGGACACUGUGUUCAAGAUCUUUGACCUGGACGGCGAUAACUGCCUGAGCCACAAGGAGUUUAUCGGAGUGAUGGAGGACCGAGUACUACGUGGCUUGAAGGUGCAGCCCCAGCGUGGCAUCAUAGAUUAUUGGAAGUGUGUGAAGAGGGAGACACUGAAAGGGGCCCAAGAGGCCCUCCGGGACACAGGAAGCCCUUUCUGAGGGGUCACGUUGUUGGAUCAAGAAGCUCCUUGCGAGGUUUCACUGGGUGACUCCAAUGAAAAGCAUUGAUGGCUGACCAUCAAGUUGCUUAUUAUCACUUGAUAUUUGUCAAUGAAAUAUAAACAUGGUCCUCAUGAACCAGAUCAAUAAGGGGUGAUACCAAAUUCUAUAUUUUUCAGGCUUCCUUUUUGUUUGUGAAAAUGUUAUUACAAUAUACAUAAUCUAUGGGUGUUUUGUUUACAAUAUUUUCUAAUUAGGCUUGGGCGAUAUACCGGGGUAUUGCCGAAUACCGACUAUAUGAUUUUCAAUACCGUGCUACGCCACUACUUAUAGUUAGCUAUAAGUUAAGUGUAACUAUAAGAAAUCGAAGAUAUCAAAUUAUAUCCAGCGUAGGGCUCCAGCUAUGCAUUUGGUUUGCUAGUGAAGUGGCUAGAUGUCAUGAUCAAGCUUCUUGGUUACAGCAGAGACAUUCAAUCCCCUCCUGGAUCAAGAUCCCUAGUGCCUAAAUUGUUUUGUGUCAAAAAAAGUAUUAAUCUUUUGGGCGCCACUUGUGUGAACAUUUAGCAAUACUGUAUACUUCGGUAUGGUACAGAAACGGUAUGAAAAUUAAAUACCGCCCAAUUCUAAUCCUGGAAAUUGGUUGUGACGCUUGGUACCAGUCUAUGCAUACGAGGAAUGUGAAAUGUGAGCUCGUUUGACAUUUAUUGAAUGUCUGUCACCUUUUUAUACCCUAUUUCGCUGCUCAAAUACAUUGUUUACAGUUAGAGGUGGUUUACUGUGGUAUCAUUGGAAUUUUAUUAAGUUUUAAAAUGCUGAAUCAUGGGAAAAGAUUUUAAAUAUGUGCCUGUCUUCAAAUGUCUAUGUGCUGUAAUAUAUUGGCACCUUUUCACAAUUCACUUAAAUACAUUGUAAUUUAGGACUUGUUGUUCACAUGUAUUUGAGAUUUUUCAAAGUCAAAUGGCCUGGACUAAAUUAUUCAAAAUUCUAAUUAAAUUGGUUGGAAUCAGGUUAUUCUCAUUAACGGUGUAAUUUCAACAGUGUAAAAAUAGCGUUUUGAACUUUCCUCCUUAGGAAAGUGCCAAUGAGUGCAACUGUACCUUUUUCUAAGAUGAAUUAAAUGUUUGAAAAAUG